AUGGCAGGUCUUCUUGCUAAUCUAGGAGGCACUCUGAAUACUCCUGUUGGACAAAAAAUAGAGCAAGCUACAGAUGCAUCAUUACCAUCUGAGAACUGGGCAUUAAAUAUGGAAAUCUGCGACGUAAUAAGUGAAACAGAUGAAGGUCCAAAAGAUGCUGUUAAGGCUAUUAAGAAAAGAUUGCAGCAAAAUACUGGAAAAAAUUAUACUGUAGUUUUAUACACUUUAACUGUGUUAGAAACAUGUGUUAAAAACUGUGGAAGAAGAUUUCAUUUACUUAUAAGCCAAAAGGACUUCAUUCUUGAAUUAGUUAAAUUAAUUGGGCCAAAAAAUGAUCCUCCUACAGCUGUCCAAGAAAAAGUAUUGAGCCUGAUUCAGAGUUGGGCUGACGCUUUUCAAAAUAACCCAGAAAUGCAAGGCGUUGUUCAAGUUUAUCAUGACUUGAAGCAAAAAGGAAUUGAGUUUCCAAUGACAGAUUUGGAUACAAUGGCUCCAAUACAUACACCUCAACGUAGUGUUCCUCUUAGUACAUCUCCCGCAUCUCAUCCACCAGAUCAAAUUAUGCAAGCAAUGCAACAUCAGUCACAACAAGUUCAUUCAAAUCCUAUGCCAGAUGUUUUGCCUCGCCAAGCUACUGGUCCCAUCAGUUUAAAUUCUGAUCAACUAGCUAAGUUACGUAGUGAACUAGACAUUGUUCAAGGAAACAUGAAAGUUUUUGGGGAAAUGCUUACAGAACUUACACCGGGCAAAGAGCAUCCACAAGAUUUAGACUUGUUGCAAGAGUUACAAAAAACUUGUUAUGCUAUGCAAAACAGGAUUGUUGAUCUAAUUGACAAAAUAGGUGUCGAAGAAGUUACAAAUGAUUUGCUUCGAAUUAAUGACGAACUGAAUAAUCUGUUCCUGAGGUAUGAUAGAUAUGAAAAGAAACGCUCAACUCUGUUAGCAUCCUUAGAAGUACCAGCUCAAAAACCAACUGAUGAGAAUCCAAUAGAUAAACCUUUAAUUGAUUUUGGUGAAUCAAAUGAAGAGUUAGAUCAAGCUUCUUCUCAGUUAUCUAAUCUAAAAUUACAGCCAGUGGAUACAGCUAAUGGAGAUUUCACUAAAAAAGAAGAAACAAAAAAUAAUUCUGUUACAGAUGAAUUUGAUAUGUUUGCCCAGUCAAGAAACACUUCUUUUGAAUCCAGUAAAACAAGAGGCAGCAGUUACUCAGAUAACACAAACCUAGACCAAAUAGAAGGAGGUCUUGCUUCUUUUACAGUCAACAAAGGAAAUCUGAAUGCGGCUGCAAGUAAUGCAACAUCAAAUGAUAGUCAGCCCAAUAAUGAUUUUUCAAGAUUCGUUGGCGAUAGAUCAACUCUUUCUGACAGAUUAUCAAAUCUACCGACUGUUCCGGGUGCAACAGCAGCCUCAAAUCAAGCAAGUGCAAUAAAUAAUAGGAGGCAAAUGGAUAAAGAUGACGCGGACAGUUCUCUAUUUGCUUUAUAAAGUAAAACUUUUGGAAAUAUCUUCCUAAUUGUACAGCACUGUUUUUACGUAAGGUAUCAAGCUUAAAAUUUUGUAUUUGAAUGUGCCUGACUAAGCAUAAUUAGGAGGGCAGAAUAAAUGACUUGGGGUUGAUUGAUUAGUUACUGCUUGUUAUAAAUUUCAUUCCUCAAGUUGAUUUUGAAAACUCUAAAUCCUUAAGGGUUAACUAAGCUUCAAAUGUUUUUUCUGAAGUAUGUUUUUAGUUUAAUGUACUUUAAAAACCUCAAAUACUACUUAUCUUUAAGAUAAAAUAAUGUAUACAGUAGAGUCUCAAAAAAUCUAAGAAUCUCGAAAUCUGAGUCUCAAAAGUCCAAGGCUCCAUUUAAUUUGAGAUGCUUUAUUCAUAUUUAAAGGUUCUUUUUUUUUUUUUUUUUUUUGCUGUGGAGAUAGUAACGUAAUACAAAAAAAGGACUGAAAAUUAUCAUUGUUUUGCAACAAAGAACGAGUAAACAGCCUUUUUGAAAUAUCCAAUAGCCAUCUACAAGAGAAGUGUAAUUUCUUGAAUGUGACUAGACGUCGUAUGAGUUGUGUAUGCGAAAUUUUAACCUUCUAUGACUAAUUGUUUUUGCGUUAUGUGAGGUUUCGCACACUCAUACAGAUGUCACGGAAAAACUUAUAAAAAUGGGUUUAGAGAUAAUCAAAAUAGUACUUUUAGACUGCAUUCAAGUGAUAACACAAACAUAUGAAAAGACAUCAUGAAACAAAAUCUAAUAAGAUUUCGUUUAAAGGCAAACAAAAUUUAAAUUUAUGUUGAAAUUUUAAGUGACAAAUUUUUUUGUGCAGAUAAUGCAUCCUUUCCACUUGACAGGAAAAGUAUGAGGUGCACAACUUUAUGGCAUUAGAAUGGUGGCAAAUUUAAAUCGCUGAGAAUUUUCUGGAUAGUCCGAGUUUUCAGUGAUCCGAGGUAGGGUGAGCACCAGUUAGCUUGGAUUUUUGAGACUUUACUGUAAUACAAAAAAAUAUAAACAACUUUUGAAAAAUUUUAAGUGUUA